CUGUGCCUCAUUAGUGUGUCGACCGAUCCCGCCGCAUGAGGGUGAAUGCACUAGAUAUGUCCAGCUCAAGAGUCAAAGUGCCAAGUGCUUGCGGUCAGUUCUUCCGGGACGGCUUUGUCAUGAGAUGGUCACUACAGCAGGUGAUGGUGUGUGGAAGUCUGCUAUUGUUGUUUUACCUCAUCUACAAGCCAUCCCUCGACCCACUAGACCUUGAACAACAGCAAUGUACACAUUCGUCCGGCAGCCUGAGGGCAGAGCCACAAUCUCCGACAGUUAAGGAAGAACUCGAAAUGAUGAGAGUCUCCCAAGUGGAUGACCUGCCUACCAUCUACGUAAUCACCCCCACCUAUAAAAGGCAGGAGCAGAUGGCAGAGUUAACACGCUUAGCCCAAACUCUGAUGCUUGUCCGAAAUCUUCAUUGGAUUGUUGCCGAUGACACACAUACCGAAAAUAAACAAGUUGUUGAUUACCUCUCCUAUAUUGGCAUUCCUCACACCUACCUUCUCACUCCAAUGCCAAAUGAGUACAAGAAGCUCCGUGUUAAACCCAGGGGCGUGGCUAACCGUAAUGCAGGUCUUCAGUGGGUGAGGACACACGCUAAAACAGGGGUUGUUUACUUUGCCGAUGAUGACAACACCUAUGACAUUAGGGUGUUCGAAGAGAUGCGAUAUACAAAGGGUGUGUCAAUGUGGCCUGUUGGUUUAGUGACACAUACAGGCAUUUCAACACCCGUGUUGAAAAAUGGAAAAUUCGUUGGCUGGUAUGAUGGAUCCAUAAAUUCCAGAAAAUUCCCUGUUGAUAUGGCAUGCUUUGCUUUUAGUGUCAGUUAUCUGUUACAGAGUUUUUUCCCGGGUAUUGGGAAAAGUUUCCGAGAGUCUAAACUGCACAUCUUGUACAGACAGAUACUAGUCCACAUCCUCAGAAUGUUUCUGGAAGCUGGGUAA